GGAAGGGGGAGCGGCCGAGAAGGGAGCGGGCGGGGUGCACCGAGCCGCGGCCGAUGGCAGCGGCUGCCCGUCGGCGAGCGGCAGGCGGGCGAUGGCGCGGGGCCGGGCGGCUUACGAGUACACGGAGGCGGAGGACAAGAGCAUGCGGCUGGGCUUCCUGCUCAUCGCCGCCGGGCUGCUCUCGCUGCUGGGGCUGGGCUGCUGCUGGCUGCGCCCGGCGCUGCAGGAGCGGGGCGGCGGCGGCGCCGCCAACUGCACGGUGCUGGAGGUGCGGCAGCUGGGCGAGCGCUUCUCCUGCACCUUCUCGUGCGGGGCCGCCUGCCGGGGCACCGCCCGCUACCCCUGCCUACAGGUGCUGGUGCGCACCUCCCUCUCCGCCGCGCCCGCGCUGCUGCACGAGGACGAGCGGCAGCUCCGCAACAACCCCAAGUGUUCAUACAUCCCUCCCUGCGCCAGAGAUGAUCGGGAGAACUCUGAGAAUGUCACAUACAAGCAGAAAUACUGGAAAGAGAAAGUGGGUUCACAGCCAUUUACAUGCUAUUUUAACCAGCACUUGAGGCCAGACGACGUGAUGCUGAAGCUCACCCACGACGAGACCGUCCUCUUGCACUGCUUCCUCUGGCCGCUGGUCACCUUCCUUGUGGGCGUCCUCAUCGUGGCGCUGACCGCUUGCGCCCGCAGCCUGGCUGCCAGGGCAGAGGCCAUCCAGAGGAAGAAGCACUCGUAGUGGGGCUGCGGGCACCGAGGCUAUGAGGGAGCCUCACUGACAUUGGAAGGCUCAGCACACUGUGAGGCUUGGCACUGCAUGUCCCGGCUGGGGGUGGAGCUGCUCCUGCCAGAGGGUUAAUCUUGGGAGCCUGCCCUGCCCAGUGCCAGCUAGCUGCUUCCUCUGCUGCAGCAAUAAAUGAAUAUCUGCUACCAAAAGCUCCACACUGCACCAACACACUGUGCUCUGUCCACCCUCACCAGCAGCUGCCUGGCUCCUAGCGGUGUUGAGAGACAUUUUCUGAAAACUCUGACGUGGCUCAUUUAUUCUCUGCAAAGUGAUCUUUGCUAUUGUUUAAUAUCAAAUAUUUAAAAUAUUUCCUUUACGAUAGACUGUAUUUCCAAAGUAAUAAAGUUUGGCUGUUUUGUUUUUA